ACCGGUUUACGCGAAAGAUUCAGCCAUUUUGACUUGGGACGUUUGGUACAAACGGAUACGACUUUCUGCGUCCAGCAUGACUUCUAGAACACAGAGGGAUAAAGGACAGAAACAGAACACAAAUCAGGCUAUUUUAUCAGAGUUGCUGAAAGAGGAAGAAAAUAGAUACUGUGCCGAUUGCGCGGCCAAAGGGCCUCGGUGGGCGUCAUGGAACCUGGGUGUUUUCCUAUGCAUUCGUUGUGCCGGCAUACAUCGAAAUUUAGGGGUACAUAUAUCGAGAGUAAAAUCAGUGAACCUCGAUUCAUGGACUCCGGAACAGAUGGACAGCAUUCAGCAGUGGGGAAAUAAACGAGCAGCAGAAUUUUGGGAAUGUUAUCUGCCGUCUGACUUUCGCCGUCCGCAAACUGACUCAACAGUAGAGGCAUUUAUCAGGAGCAAAUAUGAACGAAAACAGUAUUUAAAGAAAGAUGGAUUACCUCCAAAUAGAUCCACCCCAAGUUCUGCCAAAGAAACAAAAUCUGCCGAUAAGAAGAAAAGGAGAGACAAGAGAGAAGAAAUUACCAUAACUCCGCACAAAAUUGAAGCUGAAAAGAAAGUUGCUCCUCCUGUCAGUUCAGUGGCCCAACCACGUCCACGCUCCCACCCUCCCCCCGUCAAAGCACCUGAGCCAGCCAAACCUGCUGCUCUGGUUGAUCUACUGUCGUUAGACACCCCAGCACCUACCCCAGCACCUGCCCCAGCUCCAGCCCAAGCAUCAGCACCAGUGAGUUCUGGUGGUUUGCUAAAUUCUCUUGCCCAGCCCAUGCCUGCUGCUUCACAACCUGCCAAGACUGGUUUAGAGAGUGAGCUGAUUGAUUUUGGUGCAUUUCAAGCAAAUACCACAAUUGACACUGGCUUUAGCCAAUCACAGCAGGUCAACACACAAGUACCUCAAGAAUCAAAUGAAGAUUCCCUUCUUAAAGAUGACUCUACAACCAAUAAGUCAACCAAAGACAGUAUAAUGGCACUGUAUGCACCAAAGACACAGGGCAGUCAACCUCAGAUGUUUGGUGUACCUGGUGGCAUGUACAUCCCUCCACAGCAACACCAGCAACAACCCCUUCCUAAUCAGCAUCCAGCUAUGUUUAACAGGAUGAGUGCAGUUCCCCCUCAGGGCAUGGGUGCAAUUCCUCCUCAAGGAAUGCCAAUGGGAAUGGGAGUACCACGUCAACCAGCUUUCAUGCAGCAGCAACAACAGCAGCAGCAACAGGUGGCUCAGAUUCAGCAACAAAUGCAACAGAUGCGACUCAAACAACAAAUGCCUCCUCAACAGAUGAACAUGCCAAAUGGAAACUCAAACAUGUUUGCCUCUGCACAGCCACCACUUUCAAAUGGCUGGAUACCACAGCAACCAAUGUCCUUCCCACAGCAGCAGCAUCCUCAGUUUGUCACCACAGGACCUGUACCUAAUGGCAUGGCAGGCUACGGAGCUUAUCCAAUGGGAUCGGUUCCUGGCUCGGGCCAAACUCUGAGUCAUCAGUUGUGGAAAUAAAGAAAAAAUGAAGAUGUUUUUUGAUAUGUAAAUAAUGAUCAUAGUGAUAUGAUUAAUAAAUAUCUUGUAUAUUUGGUUACCUCUGCUAGGUAACUGAUUUCUCAAUGUACAUGUGAAGUUUAGAGGGGCCACCAGAGAAAUAUGGUUGCGUUAACUUGUAUGUAAAUCUAUCUUUGGUGUAAGAACCAAGCCUUACCUCGAACCUCAUCUCGUAUGCUAUUUUUCAUUUUUUGGAGUAAGUUAGAGUUAAAGAUUGUGUUGAAUUUGAUAUUGUUAAACUAGAAGAUGGGGCAAUGUAAGACUAACUGAUACAUGUAAAGACCUUAGGUGAUGGUCUGAUAAUAUAAUUAUAAAAUGCCAUUUGCCUGAGAAGAAAUAUUGGAAUCCUGUACAUGUGCUGUAAAUUCUUACACCAUGCUUUCAGAAUACUUUGGAGUUGCCUCCCAAAGGAACCCAUCACUUACAAACCAAUGUAGAAAAGAGUAAAUGCAAAGAAAAACUGGAAUGUCGUUUUUCAAGAUUUGCAAGUAAAGUUUCUUUUAACAUUUCAUUUGUUUUGUAUUAUCCAUGUCAUUGUUGUAGAGAUGAUUUCUCUUGACUUGUCGGACAAAUUUCACCUGGGAAAGCCAUCACCAUCAUAGUAGUAUUAUUAGUAUCAUUUUUAUUAUUACUAUUAUUAUUUUAUUGUUUAUUUUUCAAAGUUGCCAGUUUCAGGCUAUUUCUAAAGUUCAGCCAUGUCACGAAAAAUUCAGAAUGGCGACUUACCUAGUACUCUACCUUCUGGGCCAAGAAAAAAACAGGAAUGUAUAACCUCUCAAACCACUCUCGACUAUUAGUUCAUGUUUGUCAAAAACUCUUUGUACCCAUCCAUCAAAAUCUUGUGUUGUUAUGCAUUGGGAAAGGGAGGGAAAUUUUGGGUUGAAAGUUUUUUUUCAGAGAGCAGUGGGUGUAUGUUGAAAUUCAGUCAUUAGUUGAAGUAACAUUGUAGAUAGGAUUAUUCCACUCUGAUUCUUGGCUUAAAGAGAUACUCUUCUCAAGCAGUGAAACGUGCAGUGUUAAAAAGUUUGGGACACCCCUGUCAUGAACCCUUUUCAUACCAAUUUGUUGUAGCUGAUGGUUGAAGCUAUUGAUAAUGUUAUUGUUAUGGCAAAAGAGUCUGUCUUUGCUAAAUGUAAGGUUUUUUUCAUUUGUCAUUUCUUGCCAAGUGGGAAUAGUGAUUAUGCUUUAAAAUUGUAUCAAAUUAUCUGGAGUCAUGUUCCUUGAAUUGGCAGCUGACACUCUGUGUAGCAUAUAUCUAAUUGCAGCACCCAUUGUUGGGGUGUUUAAUUUUUGAAAACCAAAGUUGUUGACUUAUUUUCAUUUUUAUUUGAUCUUUUCUUUACACCUGAGUAUAUUUACAGGGAGUUGCCAUUAACAAUUUUGAAAAAAUGCCUUCAAAUUGGAGGAAAGCUUUGAAAGGAAUUAUAAAUAACUCAGUAGAUGGGCACAAGAGAAUCAUGGGUGCCAAUAGAUUUAAAUUAUUGCUGGCCAAGAUUACAAGAGAUUGAUGAAGAUGAUAAACUUUGAAUCUUGAACAAGAGAUAAAAAUGUUUAUCAUUGAUAGAGCUUGUUUAAGUCCAGCUCCAAGACAUGUUUUCUUCAUACUUUUUUUUGUUUCAUUUUCAAAAUAUGAGAUCUUUGGGGGGAAAGCACUCAAAGAUUUUCAUUCAAUGUCUUGUGUUCACAAAUCAUGGGGUGGCUAAAUGAUCAAACAUUUACCUGUGAAGCAAGGUGUUGGAUGAAAAUGUUUGAUCUAGAUCAAACACAGGAAGACAAGACAGUUGGCUUAAUGAUCAAGUGUGAUCUUUAAUACAUUGGAUGAAAAUGUUUGAUCAUGUGGCUAAGGCCUAAGUUCAGAUUUAUUCUGGUGCCUUGGGUAAUGAGUGUGUUGGGGAAUUUGAUAGAAAGGUUUUAGGAUUUUUGUGUUAAAUACUCAUCUUUCUAUUUCUUACCUUUCCUGAAAGUAUCAGAGAUAAGCAAAGUAGGUGUUGAUAAAAGUUGUUGUCAAAAAUACUUGGAAAGCUCUAGGAAGGUCGUAAAUCUUGUAUAAGUAUUGUAAAAUAAGUAGUGGGUAUACAGAAUAAAAGCUUGAGAAAACA